AUGGCUCCCGCACGUUCUGUGCGAAAAUCUCGCAUCUCCUUUACCGAUGUCCUCCUCGUCCGCCUCAUCAACGCGCUCAGCAUCGCCACCUUCUUCCAACCAGAUGAGUACUUUCAAUCGCUAGAGCCGGCAUGGAAUCUCGCUUUUGGCGCCUCAAGCGGUUCGUGGCUCACUUGGGAAUGGCACUAUCAACUGCGCUCCUCGCUGCAUCCCAUGCUCUUUGCAAUUCCCUAUUUUCUCGUUGAUCAUGCAGCGCGUCUCCUUGUACAACUCGGUUUUCCCAUCGCCUUGCGCUCUAGCAUGCUCAUUGCAGCGCCGGCGAUCCUGCAGGGCUUGAUCGCUGCACUGGGUGACUGGUACACUUUCAAGCUCGCUUCCAACAUUUAUGGCCAAGACACUCUUGAUGCCAAGGUAGCACUCAUGCUGCAGCUCGUCAGUCCAUGGCAAUGGUACUGCGCGUCGCGUACUUUUUCCAAUUCACUCGAAGCUGCCCUCACCACCAUGGCGCUCAGCUACUGGCCCUGGUCACUUCUUGGCGCCGCUACAGUGACGAAAGAGAACCCAAAAACUGCAGAUCCCCUCAAUAAGAGAGGUGCCGUCCGCCGUCUCCGCGUCUGUCUGUGUCUGGCCGCGUUGGCCAUUGUGCUACGACCGACCAAUGUGCUGAUAUGGAUCACAAUUGCCGGCCUCACAGUAACGCGCCUGUCCAUGCGCGGGCCUUCGGCCCUAAGCAUGUCCACCAUUGUGGUACUUGUACGCGAGGCAGCUGUAUGCGGCUCUUUUGUCCUCGGUCUCUCUUUGCUCGCCGAUCGGGCCUACUUUGGCUUCUGGACUUUGCCAGCGCACAACUGGCUCAAUUUCAACAUUAACAAGUCACUGGCGGUUUUCUAUGGUCAGAAUCCUUGGCAUUACUAUAUACUGCAAGGCAUCCCGCUGCUCUGCACCACGAUAUUGCCUUUUGUUCUGCCCGUGCUCAUUCGACCGCAGACUAACGGCACUGCCGAGCUCGAAAACACGCAACGCACUCUGGCUGCUUCCGUCAUCGUUAUGGUCACGACGCUGUCUCUCAUCUCGCACAAAGAGGUGCGCUUCAUCUACCCUCUUCUUUCCAUCUUUUCUGUCCUGGCGGCUCCUCGUGUUUCAUCAUUCUUCACGUCUGCACCCAAACAGGCAGCCGGCAAAGUGACAGCCUCUAAGCGCCAGGUCCGCCACAAGGGGUACCUCAUGGCUGGUCUCGCUCUCAAUGGCUUACUGUCAGGCUACCUCUCCUACUUUCACCAAGGCGCGCCCAUUCAAGUGCUCGCGUUUCUCCGCCGAGACUUUGAGCGCAUUCACGCCAACUCGUCCAAGAUAUUGCAGCCAAAUCACAACAAGGAGCUAUUUGCCCUUUUUCUGAUGCCGUGCCAUUCCACACCAUGGCGUUCGCACCUUGUGCACCCAGACUUGCACGCGUACGCACUCACGUGUGAUCCGCCGUUGCACACCAGCCCCAAUACUGUCGAGAGGGAUACAUACCGCGACGAAGCGGACCGCUUCUAUGAUGACCCGGUAGGCUUUCUCAGCCGCGAGCUAUUUUCGGCCACACCCGGGCCGCCGCCAGCCUCUGUGCCCGGCGGCCGUAGCCCAGAGGCUGUACCGGGUCUGUUGAACCCGCCGCGGUAUAUUGUCGGAUUCGAAGGCGUGGAAAACUCCCUUCAAAAAUUUCUCACUACGACGGAUGAAGGCAAGACAAUGGGUAUGAGACUGCGACCUGUAUGGAGGGGCUUCAAUGGGUUGUUUCAUGAGGAUUGGCGUCGUGCUGGGAACAUUGUGGUCUGGGAUACGGGCGUUUUUCACGAUGCUCCCAGUGUGGUCUGA